UCCCGGUUAUUGAACCGCUACAUUCAACAGUGGCGGCGGCUUCCAAACUGUCAGGUAUCAAAGAGGUGUGUACUACUCUGUCAUGCCAAAGACACUAUCUGACUUCAUUCGAUAUUUUUUAUUUUAUUUGAAGAAAACAAUGCUCUCCAAGGUGUAGCAAUUUGGAGUCUUUGUUCGAGCACAUCACCACGGGUAUGUAGCUAACCUAGCAGAUGGAAGCUAGCAAGCUGGCUAACGUUAGCUAGCUAGCUAAUUUAGCUAUUACCAACACAAACCGUGCAAGCCAACUUGCCCGCUAGUUUGGAUACUUACUUGCUAGCUAGCAGUGGAAUUAAACUAUCAUGCAGUAUGAUAGUUAGCAGAAAACAUCAGUUUAUUUGCAAGCCUGCUCGCUAGCUGGUGUAGCUAGCUAACCAGAUCAGAUGUUGUUGGCUAGUUAAGGUCUCCAGCUAAACUAACGUUAGCUAUAUUACGUUCCAGUAAAGAUUCUUAAUCAAAUUUUUAUCGGCUAGUUACGCAAUACUAGGUCUACAUUUAGUUUGUCAACAUUGAUGCCCUGUAGUGGGCAUGUGUGAGAUGCUGUGAUUGCUGGCCUGUCUCGGUCUUGUAGGUCUGUGUAGACGUUGCGACAAAAGACAAGGCAGGGAGAUGGAGGUGGGCUCAGUGGUGCAUGAGGACAUUACUUUCCGAGGAGUGGAGUUUGCUGUGAAGAUAGAGCUAGAAGAAGGAUUGCUAAUAGUCGAGAUAUCUGAUGCAAUGACAGCUGACCAGUGGAGGGGAGAGUUUGACCCAGCCUACAUCGAAGACCUCACUCGCAAAACAGGCAACUUCAAGCAAUUUCCCAUCUUCUGCAGCAUGUUGGAAUCUGCUGUUAGUAAGACUAGUGAGUCUGUUACCCUUGACCUCUUGACCUAUGCUGACCUGGAGCUCCUGCGGAACCGGAAAGCUGGGGUUGUUGGUCGUCCGCGUGCUCAACAGCAAUCUCCUAACCUCAGUGCCAAAAGAUACCUCAUCCUUAUCUACACCGUAGAAUUUGACAGGAUCCACUACCCCCUGCCUCUGCCGUACCAUGGCAAGCCUGAUCCUGCCGCCCUGCAGAAGGAGAUCAGAGCUCUGAAGACUGAGCUAAACGCCCUUGCUAACCAUGCAGGUCACAAACCAGCAGAGCCAGAGAUACGCCGGCUACGGGCAGAACUUGCCUUGGUGAGAGAAGAGAAGGAGGCCCUGACCAAGGCUCUGGAGCGUCUGCAGAUAGUGGGGGCUGGUUCCACCCCUGGAGGAGGGGCUCGGGGGCUCAGAGAGGUGGUCAGGAGUUUAGAGGACCAGCUCCUCAGAGAGAGGGCCAAGAGUCAGCGCUCAGCCACCAAGAGGGGCCAGGAGCAGCGCCUCCUACUGGAGCAGUUGGAGGAGCUAAGAGCAUCGGAGAGAGCUCUCCGGAUUCGCGUUAAGAGUUUGACCAAUGAGCUGGCGUUGCUUAGGCGAGGUAGGUUGACCCCUGCCCUCUCUGGGCGCAGUGCCUCACGGGGUGAUGGAGAGAUCAGGCGCUCACUGUCCCGGGAGCACAGUUUGGGACGUGUUGUGGUCAGGGCUCGCUCAGGGUCCAGGGAGAGGACAGAAGAGAGGGGUCGAAGGUCAGAAGGCCGUAGGGCAGACUCCUCAGGGCCCCGCUCGCACGUCUCCAGACCCUCACCUUCUCCCACAGGUUUGCGAGCACCACGCUUUGACCCCACUGCAUAUAUCCAGGACAGACAGCGCCGACUGAGAGAGGGGGAGCUCAAAAUCCAGAGGAAGGUCCGGAGGGACAUGUUAGCAUCGCCUGUUCUGGAGAGGGGCCGAUCUCGGUCCAGGGAGGCUUAUCCCCAGCUAACCAGGGCAGGCAGUGGGAGCAGAGGGAGGAGCUUAUCAAUAGAGAGUAGGAGGAGCAGACAGUCCUCUGAGAAUUCAUUGGUGGAGUUGGAUGAGUUGACAAUCAGAGGAAGGAAGCAGACCUACAAUGGUCCAACCAUGCCCAGAGGAGGAAAUUUGACCAGGAAUCCCCAUUGCAGCACUCCCACACGCAGGAUACGAUCAGACAAAGAGGGCUCCAUAGAUGGGGCUGACCUGUCUGAGAUUGAUGCCCGGUUGCAGGCCCUACAGGACUACAUGAGGGACCUGGACACGGGACACUAAAGCCAUCAAUUCUGCACACUCCCAAUCCUAGGCUGGACAAUAAGUUCAGACGUGUUCAAUGUGCUGCAAACUGAGACCAAGGACUACUAUCUGUGUCGACACUGUGACUUAACAAGACCACUGCACUACACUAUGAUAUUUUUGCACACAAGCAGACAUUAUCAACCAAUAGGCUUAUGCAAGUGCAAACGCGGAUGCACACACAGCUUAUUCUGUCGUCCUCUGGGAGACCGUGCCUGAUCUGUGGAUAAAGAUACCACUGUGAAGGCUGUUAAGCCACUGUUAGUUUGUUGAACUUGAACUGAGGAGUGACUGAUUUUAUACUGUUGUGACAGUAAUACCCCAUUUCCCUUUUUAUAAAACGAGUGAUUGAUGAACGCAAAGCUUGUUGUGAUGUUUUAUUUUAUUUUUACUGGAUGUAUCUCCUCUAUUCAUCAUCACUGCAGCAGCUUUGCCUCUUAGUAGUGUGUCAUGUGAGUGAACUAAGUGCAAUAUCCUCUUUCUCUGCAGUACAGUUAUUGUUGCUUGGAUGGGCUGAAGGUUCCUCCUUAGGGAUUUACUCAAGGGGCAGCUGCCACUACAGCUGGCUGGGUGUCAUUAAUUAACAGCGAACCUUCCAGGCCUGGACCCUUCCAUUCCUGGGUGAGCAGCUGGAUAAGCUGCUUCCAUCUACUACUGUAGGAGGAUGAGAAUAUUGGAUGAAGUUGACAGGCCUUUUGUGCUGUUUUUGGGAAGGGAGUUUUCGUUUUUAGAUUUGACCUCUGCUGCUAAUAAAAUGUCAGAUGCUUUCCACUUAACUAAA